UAUAAACAACCACUGCGGUUUAGACGUCAGUCAAUACAGACCCCUUAAUGCCCAAGAUGCCUCCCAUCAAAAGAAAAAGCACGGAGGUAACUAUGGCAAAGAAACUUAGUCUCCGGCGGGACACCACAGUAACGCUAGCGUCAUCAGACGAGUCAUCUUCUCCCGCUUCUUUACGGUCUUCAGCAUCCAUAAGGCGCACCACCUCAAAAUUGUCUGUAAAAUCUUCAUCCUCUAUCACCUCACUUAAACGAAAAGCGACACUUGUUUCGGAAGGACCCGGUAUCUAUUCCUCAGUAAUCGCUCUUGACUCUGGCUCUUGUGUCGGGAAAACCGGAAGUCUUAAAGCAGCUUCAAUUGGAAAGGAUUGCGAUGUUAUACCGGUUCCCCCACCGGUUUCUAAACGGCGAAGUGGAAGUAUGACAUCAGCAGCAGUUAAUACCCUGCGUAAAUCUGUGUCCGAGUUGAAAGAUCUGAUGGAGACAACAUCAGCAAUGAAAAGUUCUCUAUCAAAAAGAAAGUCAUCCCUCGUUAAAGAACCAUCCCUGACAAAGGCAUCGCUCUCCAAACGGAAGUCCAGUGUCCCUGGCCUAAAUGCCGGCACCGAUUCAACCACAAGUCCACUAUUACCACCCGGAGGUCUACUUGAGAUCGCCAUUUCAUUUGACACCACAGGAUCUAUGUAUGGCUCUCUGGAGGAAAUCCGUGGCAGGAUAAAAGACAUGGUUCAGCGGUUACAGGCAGACAUCCCGGGAAUCAGGAUAGCUAUAAUCGCACAUGGCGACUAUUGCGAUGCCAAAAACUACAUCGUAAAAUGGAUUGACUUUGGGGCAACUGUCCCUGAGCUGUGUGACUUUGUAGAAACAGUCAAACGUACCGGUGGCGGAGACGCGGACGAAUGUUACGAGCUGGUGCUACGGAGGGCGCGAGAAGUGUUGUCAUGGACACCAGGCAGCCAGCGAUCUCUAGUGGUGAUAGGAGAUAGUCCGCCUCAUGAACCGGGGUAUACGUAUGACGGCUUUGUGAACGACAUAGAUUGGCGAGUGGAGGCUCGAGAGCUUAAGAAAAUGGGUGUCAAGAUAUACAGUGUAUAUGUUACACAAACGUCGGGACUUCGUAUAGAUCGAAAUUGGGGCACAUCUUUUUAUGAAGAGAUUGCGACAGUGACCGGUGGAAGAGUUAUCCCUCUUGAUAAGUUUGGAGUUCUAUUUGACAUGCUCAUGUCUAUCUGCUAUAAGGAGAGUGGAUCCGACUUGUUUGAUGCUUAUGAAGCUGAAGUUAUGGAAAGAGACAAAGGCAAAACAAUGGACACGACAUUAGCUGGAAUAUUCACAACACUCGGGGGCAAGAGGAGCAGUGUUAAGUUUGCCCCGACAUUGCCAGGAAUGCUUCCUAUGCCCGGAACAGGAAUGCGUCCAGGCGGACCUGCGAUUCCAUUACCCUGGUCAGGGAAGUUUCCAGUAGGACCUGCGCCUCCAUUACUCGGACCAGGGAAGUUUCCAGUAGGACCUGCACCUCCAUUACUCGGGCCAGGAAUGUUUCCAGGAGGACCUGCGCCUCUCGGGCCAGGAUUACUGAAAUUAGGACCGACUGGACUUUUCGGAACAACAACCACUCCUACAUCUAAAUCUGCAAGGAAACGGAAUAAAACGACAAAAAAGUCCAAGAAAUCGAAAUCAAGAGCUGAGUCAGGAGGGCGAUUAAACAGAGAAAGUCUCACAGACACCAAAUUCAUAAAGGGACCCCUGAAACAACUGGUGUGGUCGAAAUGGAUGGUAGGCAUUUCCAAAACACAGUCUGUGAUCGGACCCGACAUCGCCUUUACCCGUCGUGAUUGGUGUGACGCCUUUUGCAACGGAGGGGUUCUUAAAGGGAAAGAUGUGUGUGAUGUCCCCGCUGUGUACGAGUUUGCUGUAUCUUUGAAUGGAAAGAAGAAAUUGUACCCCGUUUACUACAGAGUAACAACAGGAGUACCACACGGCAGCACUUGGUUCAACUAUCUCUUUGCACAGAAAAAGGUUCGCCGCGUCAUCAAAGAUGUGGUGAAUACUCACGCUCAAAUCCUGGUAAGGAGGGGCCUGUUUAAAAGGAAAAGAUCUUCAUUCAUCCAGAAAGUGUCCCAAAUGAUGUUUAAGAAGUAUGAUUAUGCAUGGACCGGGCGUAAAGAGAGAAAGAUGAAAUUCCGAAGCCUAAAACGAUGCGGGGUUCCCAUUUCCAGCAAUUCAUACUGAACAACAAGUGGGGUAACCAUGACCAUUUGU